AGUACCUCAUUCCAAAUCCCUCACAAGCACCACAAAGGGCUAGCCGGGCUCAGGCGCGUGAUCCGGGGUCGCGACACAUUAAAGGCGGGCUCGGCACGCAUGUUCGGCUGUUGCACAAAAUUUCGACAUUCUUGCCCCAAGGCGCUUGUCGUCGACAUGUUUUGAUACAUGUAUGUAAGAUAUUCAGGGCCCGGGAGCGAUACUCGCGGCUGAAGAAAGUCAAGAUGUCCAUGGACUCGCGAGGUCGCCUCUCGCUCCGGCCGAGUUUUCCCUGCCGCCUAUUUUUCUACAAUAGGGAAUAGCAAUUAAUAAUACGUGGCGCUCCCGGUUUGUGCCAGUUUGGCACUUUUUGUCGACGCAGAUGCAGCCACUGACGUCCUUUCUGAGGCGGCAGGUGGAGCUAGGGGCACUGCGCACGCCCCUGUUACCCAGCGGCGAGCAGGCGCCACCGGCUGCCCACCACGCUGACGACACGACCCUCACGGCGCGCGACCCGGCGGUGGACGGGCCGGUCCUGAUGGCGGCAGUUCAGCUGUUCUGCCGCGCGUCCAACGCCCGUGUCCAUCCGGACAAGAGCAAGGCCAUGGGCCUUGGCAGGUUUGCGCACCUGACGGGCCCUUGCCCACACACGGGGGUGCCGUUUACCACUGGCGCCGUGACGCACCUGGGUGUGCCCCUGUCGUGGGACUCUGAUGCGGCUGCAGCUGACUUGUACACCCGGCGGGCUCGCGGCAUGGCGUUUGUGGCGCGUCUGUGGGCUGCCCUGUCUCUGACUCUUGUUGGCCGUGUGCACAUUGCGAAGCAGGUGCUGGCGGCGAAGCUGGCCUACCACUUCAGCUUCCUCAACCCGUCGCCUGCGCAGCUGAAGGAACUCACCGACCUGGUGGACCACUUUGCUGCGCGCUCCAUGCACGCUGAGGACGCCAGCCUGGUGUCGCACGGGAACCUGCUCCUGCUGCCAAAGCGGGAAACGGCCUGUCUGCCGUACAAGGAUGGGGGUGUCAACCACGUCGACCUGCCUGCGUUCCUGUCUGCCCUGCAAGCUAAGACCUUCGCCCUCCUUGCCCAGCCAGGCCGGCAACCCUGGAAGAUGCUCACCCGGGCGCUGCUUACUCAUGUGCGCCCGGACUCCGCCACCACGUGGGCGUGGGUGUACAGCGACGCGCCGGCGCCAGCGGGGCUGCCUGCCCGGCUGGCGGCCGCGGUCGGCCACGUGCGGAGCGCGGGCGUGGAACAGCAUCCACCGCAGCCAGCCACUCAGCCGCCAGCGGCGCCGCCACAGUGGCGGGUUAGCCUGGACCAGCUGUGGGUGGCUAACGCUGCGGGGGCUGUGUCCUACGUCCACUACACGGGGCGGCUCUUGGAGCCUGGGCCUGGCGUGCUGCCCCCGCCGGCGGUGGAUGGGGCGUGGCAGCCUGCCUGUGUGCUGCAGCAUCGCAAGCCGCGGCACCUGUGGACCUUUGAAGAGCGGGCGGCGUACGAUGCAGCAUCACCAGGGGAACGGGCGGGGGCGUGGCCUCGGGCGCCGUACUUCCUGGCGCCGGAGGCUGGGGUGGUGGUGCACCCGGAGCACCGCCGGAUUGCGGGUGUCAGCUUGGCGGACUACACGGUGCGGGACGUGCGGCGGGCCAUCACCGCGGCCAACCCGGCCGCACCUCCAGCUCCGGCCCGCCCCGCAGCCAUGCCGUGCCCGGCGCCAACACAGCAGGCGGGGGAUUCGGGGCCCCAGCCGGCGGCACAGUCGCGGCUGGCGGAGCGGGAGGCGGAUGGAGUGGCAGCGUGCAGCGGCGCAGCUGACCACCACGGCGGCGCAGCAUUUCCACAAUAACCCGGUGGCUCUGGACCCCUGGCUCCACCGCAU